CGAUGAAAGAAUAUAAUAUAUCAAAUAUAUUAAUUUUGUUUGCCAUCGUCUCCUCCAUGGUGGUAGACUUGGGUUCAACAGCAAAAAUUAAACGAACAGUUUCAGUUCGAACACAGGCCAUUCUGGAUAGAGCCUACUGGCGUGUAUGUCCUCCACUUGGAAACUCAAAAUUUGAGACACAGACUUUACAAACUACGUCGCUAAUGUUCGGAUGCACCUAUAUGGAAAAUCUACAAGCCUAUGCUCAAUUUUUCCAUUUGUGGUUGGAGCGCCCUGAAAAAAUAUCUGUACACGGAAAUUGCGACAACAUGCAGAAUAUGGACCACUUCAUGUUUGAGUGUGUGUCAAAAAUUGUUGAAACAUUGCCGAACGAUCAAGACGAAUUUGAAACAGGCUGGCAAUAUAUAUCGCUACUAGAACACACAGCAGAGUCAAUGCAAAAUAAAACCAAAACACGAACCUACAGAUGUGCCUUGUACGCUGUGGACGACCAAGACUAUAAUUUGGUUAGAUCAAUCCAUAUGGUGAUUAGCAAGCCGGUAAUAGGAGAGUAUUUUAAUGUAAGUCAGUGCAAUGGUCUGUUGGAAAUUAUGGCACGGGAUCAAACCAGACCAAACAUCCCCGAGGGAUAUCGAUAUUGGCCCGACGGAUCUUUAUACAUCUAUUUAUUAGGAAGAAAGACAACAAUCUUCAUCACCAAUCCAUCAACAACUACUUCCACUAGACGUCCAUCAACAACUACUACCACCAGACGUCCAUCAGCAACUACUACCACUAGACGUCCAUCAGCAACUACUACCACCAGUCGUCCAUCAACAACUACUACCACCAGUCGUCCAUUAACAACUACUACCACCAGACGUCCCAUUACAACUACAAUUACCACGACCAAUACAUAUUCUCAUGAAGAUUAUGAUGACCGUCAUAAAUAUUUAUUUUCCAUGAUUUAUAUACCAUGACAGACCAUGGUAAAUA